GAUCACGAGGGAAGAAGAAGAAGAAGAAGAAGAAAGGGCAACAAAAAUGAAACCGAGACCGUCGGGAGUGAGGGAAUUCGGCCAGACCUCUCUUCCACCAUCUUUCUUCUCCAAAUCUAGAGUUCCUGACGAGCAUCAUCCGAAAAGGUCAUCCAACAAGCAGCCGGUGCCACUUUCCGAGUUCUUGAAUCGAAAGCUCAUCAAAACCACUGACAGAUCAGUUAAGGUGAAGCAAACCUCUUUUUCAUCGAUUGGUUCUGCUACCAAGGAUUCAUCAAGUAAAAACGAUGAAGCGAGCGGUAGAUUCAUUCUCCAUGAUGUGAUUUUCCGGCAGUUUAUGGUCUCAGCCAAAGGAAAAGAACAAUCGGGAAUCACCGGAGGAGGCGAAAGUGGGGGACCUCAACUACAAUCAUAUACCGGGGGAGGCGACAAUUCAAGGAAAAGAAAGAAUCCCUUUGAUUCUUCAGGUGAUGGUGAGAGGGUGACAGCUCGAAAAUCUAUGAUUGUUCUUGGUGAUGAUCCAAAGCCCUGGCGAAGUAGAAGAGGGAAGACAACAGUGGAAACCACAGAUAAGCCCUUCUACGAUCACUAUGCAAAUGGAAGUGGGCAGUGGGAUUGCAGCAAGGAAGGAGUGGACAGUGAAGAAGUUGGCUGCAAUGAUUUCUGGGAAGGAAUGGGUUCCACCACGUUGGGAGGUUUGGAAUGGCACUGACUCAACUCUAAUCUUCAUAUAGAGACGCUAUUACGCGACGCUGGAUAUGAUAUCUGUUCGCUUCAGCUCAUCUACACCACCUAUGCCUUGACGACAUUGAUCGAGUGUAGCCGCUACUUUAUUCGAAAGUGUAUCUUUCACAGCAUCAACAAACCAGCAGUUGCCCUGUGCUAUUUGCAUGUUUUCACAUAGAGCCAGCCAGUAAGAGCACGAAUCUAUUAUCUCGAUACUUGUUGCCCAGGCUUGUUGGAUUUGUUGUGGUUAAACCUGAUUAACCAUGUGUUCAUUAUCGACAUUGUAUAGCCUGAUGUUACAUGGGUACCUGCAGCUUGCUGCACCCACGUGAUGCGUAGAUGGAACCAUGGCCCUUUUGACCGGUGGACAUGGGGAUGGAGCACCUUAGCGUAAAGCAAUAUAUUUGUGCUCCAUGCCCAUGAUGUGUUAUGGUUAUCCACAGAAAUCUCUCGCAACCCUCAAGGAUCAUUAAAGAAAGAGCAACCACGGCAAUAAAGAAUAGACAGUGUCACGUGUGGCACUGUAAUUAGUCGGCAUCGUGGUCUAUAU